UGGCCGUCAGUCCGCGGAGAGAUUCGAUCGAGUGAGCCUCGCGCUUCCCCAAAACCUUUCAAAAUCUAAAAAAAAAAAAGUUCCAGUCCGAAAAGUGAAAACUUAUUGUCAAUAGGCCAGUAGUCGCAGGUGCUAACUGUAACGAGCUCAGGAUUAAAUAGAUAACCGGUAACAAUCAUGGCAUCCCACUGGCCCCAGAACGUUGGAAUACGCGCCAUCGAGGUGCUAUUUCCCUCCCAAUACGUGGACCAGACGGAGCUAGAGACCUUCGACGGUGCCUCCGCGGGCAAGUACACAAUUGGCCUGGGUCAGGCCAAGAUGGGAUUCUGCUCGGACCGCGAAGAUGUUAACUCGCUCUGCCUGACGGUUGUGAGUCGCCUGCUGGAGCGGCACCACGUAAAGCAUUCGGAGAUCGGCCGACUGGAAGUGGGAACCGAGACCAUUGUGGACAAAUCCAAGUCAGUGAAGUCAGUGCUGAUGCAGCUGUUUGUUGAGAGCGGGAACACCGACAUUGAGGGUAUAGACACCACAAACGCUUGCUACGGUGGCACGGCAGCGCUCUUCAACGCCGUCAACUGGGUGGAAUCUUCCAGCUGGGACGGCCGCCUGGCUCUCGCAGUUUGUGCUGAUAUUGCUGUGUAUGCCAAGGGUGCUGCGCGACCAACUGGCGGAGCUGGUGCGGUGGCCAUGCUAAUAGGUCCAAAUGCGCCGCUGGUCCUGGAUCGUGGACUACGGGCCACUCACAUGGAGCAUGCCUACGACUUUUACAAGCCGGACCUCAGCUCUGAGUAUCCCACUGUGGACGGAAAGCUCUCUAUUCAGUGCUAUCUAUCCGCUCUGGAUACUUGCUAUAGGUUGUACCGCAAGAAGUUCAACCAGCAGCAAAAGGACAGCACGAAGGAGUCGGCCAGCCUGAGCACCUUCGACGCCAUCCUGUUCCACACGCCCUUCUGCAAACUGGUGCAGAAAUCUGUGGGUCGUCUGAGCUUCAAUGACUUCCUGCUGAGCAGCGAAGAGGAGCGAACGAAGCAGUUCCCGGGACUGGAGCGAUUCAAUAGCUCCACUUUAGAAAGCACUUACUUCGAUCGCGACGUUGAGAAGGCCUUCCUUACGCAGUCUGCGGAUAUCUUUGCCAGCAAGACCAAGAAAUCGCUGCUGCUAGCUAACCAGGUGGGCAACAUGUACACCCCGUCGGUGUACUCGGGCCUGGUGUCACUGUUGAUUGGAGAGCCGGCCAAGGAAUUGGUCGGUAAACGCAUUGGAGUAUUCUCCUACGGAUCCGGACUGGCAGCCUCUAUGUACUCGAUAAGUGUGACCCAAGAUGCUGAAGCUUUUGAGAAGUUCGCCUCGAAACUAGACUACGUGCAGCCGCUGCUUAACUCACGCGAAAAGGUUGCCCCUGAGCAGUUCUCCGCGCUGAUGGAGGUGCGAGAGAAGAACAACCAUGCGGCGCCAUACACGCCCACUGGCAGCAUUUCCGCCUUGUUUCCUGGAACCUUCUACCUGAAGGAUGUGGAUUCGCUGCAUCGACGCACCUACGAGCGGACGCCAACCAUCAGCAAUGGGGUUCACUAACCCCGGGCUAUUGGUUCUUUUGGUUUGGUUCUGGUUUCCAACUUGACAAUAAACUAUCUAAACUAUCUCGACCAAACCCAUGUAAGCUGUAGCUGUAGACGGUAACUAAUUAUAACUGGUGUGAUCCCAGGGGUCGCUUUACUUUCUCUCUUCGUAUCCGGGUCCUAAUCGCAUAUACAUAUAUAGUACUACACCAAUUAUUUAUACAUUGCUUGCGAAUUAACUCUUUCAUCCAGUCAGACCUUAUUUAUACCAUGGAACAAGUCUUAAUUAGCGUCGGUACUGCAAUUUAUGCCUAUAAAUGUACAAUACUUAUACCUGUGUGUAAGGCACACAAUCAAUUGUUUUACGAACAAUAAAAAUCAACAAAGUCAAACAACCUCUUCAA